AUGAAUGCCUUGUAUAAUCAUGCUACAAAGCAAAAACAACUACUAAAUAAAGAUUUGUCCACUUUUGAAAAUGAUCUAUUAAGUGCUCCAAUAUCAUUACAAGGUUCUAUAACAACUACACUUCUAGCAUUAAAUAAAACAAUAUCCAAAUAUAAAGAACAAUUGAAAAGUUAUCAACAAGCCGCACAAAAUAAUAAUAAUAAUAAUAAUGAAGAAUUAUUAAAAUAUGAAUCGAGGUUACAUUCUUUGUCCAAAGAUUAUUCAGAGUAUAACAAAAAAUUUCACGACCUAAAGCAAAAAUAUGAUCAAGAAACUAAGAAUGCGUUUAAUAACACUAAUUCUAGUAGUAGUAGCAACCCAUUUGAUGAUACCACCGUACAAAAUAUUAAAAACAGGAGGACUAUAGGAGACUAUCCAUAUAAUAAUGAUGCUGCCGCUACUACAACUACAGCUAAUAAUACCACAAUAUCCAUGAAGGAUGGGCUUUUAAAAGAACAGGGUGUUUUCCAAAGAAGUACUCAGCAAUUAGAUUAUAUUUUAGAAACUGGUCAACAAUCUUUAGAAAACAUUAUCGAACAAAAUAGAGUUUUAGAAAAAUUGCAGAAUACAAUGACUAAUUCACUAACGACUUUGGGUGUUUCACAAAGAACAAUAAACAAGAUUAAUAAGAGAGUUUUUAAAGAUAAGCUUAUUUUCUGGUUUGCUUUGAUAUUAAUGUUUUUAGGGUUUUAUUUUAUACUAAAGCUUUUCUAA